AUUCACCUGAGCAGAAAUGAAAAGUGACAAAACCCAAUCUAUACUACAAAUAAAGGUGCAAAAUAUUUAGCCGUCAUUAAAAACAGUGGAUCUCCACAUCCUGUUUUCCUCCCCUUGUUUAAAAAUUAAAUCAAUUAUGUUCAGAAAAUAAAAAGAAAAUGUUUUUCAUACCAGGCAUGUCAAAAAAAAAAACAACAACUAAUUUUAGAGCUUUAUCUGUAAAACUGUGAUAUUUUUGCUUGAGGUUAUCAUACCGUCAGAAUCUCAUACUGGCCCAUGGCUAUUGAUAAAACUAAAUCAGGCCAGGAGUCUUUACAAGGGGAUAAGUUGACCGGAAACAGGAAGAUUUGAUGAAAACAUUCUGUUGCUUUAACCGGAUAUGACGCCAGAUGUUUGCGGUCGGAGGAGCCUGUGUUCAGAGCAGGAACUACCUUAGCUUAGCCAUCUUUACCUGCUCAACAUUUGAACACGUCGUUGUUGUUUUCCACUGCGAUGGUUUGACCAGUCUCCGCCAUUUCCAUCCCCUCCUCCCGGACGACAAACGACGUAUUUUCACCGACGGAGCAGCGGAGAGACACCGACUGUGGGAGCGAUGUCCAGCCGCCUGGCCUUCCAGACCCAGCUGGCCUCCAUCAUGGAGGUCCUGGCUAACGCCGCGGUGGCGGAGAUCUGUAAGCUGGUGGACGAUGACUACGCCGUGGUGAGUUUACAGAUGUCCCAGUGUCAGAGAGAGAACAAAGCCCUGAAGAGGAAGCUGCAUCUGCUGGAGCUGAAGAUGGCCCGGGGAAACGCCGAGAGGAGGCUCCGGGAGAGCGCCGUCAACAGCCGGCCGAGGGUGCAGAUAACCACCGGGGACAGGCACCGGGAGUCCUCUCCGUCCACCAGAGGUGUGUUUGAGCGACAGAUAGAUGUGCCUCUGUGGUCUGGCAGAGCGGCUGCAGGGGACACAGCCAACCAGCCAAACCACUCUGAAGACAUCCAGAGCAAGUCUCCAGGUGUGGAGCUGGUGGAGCCUGACGCGGUGUUGGUGAAGGAGGAGAAGGUGGAGGCAAACAUGUCGCGGGUUGAAGAAACAGAGGAAGACGUGCCACUUAUAGGAGAUGAUGGAGUGCUGGAGUGUGUCUCUGGUGGAGCCGCAGGGCAGAGACCUAACCUUGGACAGCAGGACAUCCAGUCCCAGUCCCAGUCCCAGUCCCAGACCCAGCCUCAGACUCAGAACCAGAUCAGCAGGACGAGGUGUCCCGGCAGCAGCAGCAGCAGAGGAGUGGAGAAAGAAGAGGAGCCAGAUGUGGUGUUGGUGAAGGUGGAGGAGAUGGAGCCAAUAACAGGAACUCAGAACCACACAGGCCUCAGUAUCCAGGAGGGGUUGGUGGAGUCGAGUACAGACGACUACAGAGGAGUGCUACCAUUUGAUGAAACCACACAGGCUUCCACCAGUCAGCUGUCUGACCUGCAGGAGUCUGGGGGGGGCUUCUCAGAGACUGCAGCCCCUCAGUCGACCCCCAUGAUAUCAGAAGACUCCAGCAGUAUAGUGGCAGUCCAGCUCAGGGUACCGGACACCAACACACCAGCCAAUCCCAACGCACAGCAGCAACCACCACCACAGAGAUCCAGUCACAGCAGCACUCUCACCUCUGAAUACUCUCUGUUUGAGCUGGAGACCUUCUUCACCCGGUGGGCCCCAGAUAAUGACUCUGUAUCAGCCCCUGGCGGCCCCUCAGAGUGUGACCAGGAUGGAGUUAUCAUCGUCGAUCCUGAACCAUCAGUUUCCUCAGCAGUGAGGAUGAGUGGAGGGCAGAGUUUGUCCUCUGCAGUUCACAUCCAGCCAUCGGUGUCACAAGCUCUGUCAGCAGGGACGUCUGUGUCCAUACCUCUGAGCAUGCAGGUCCAGCGUCCAUGGAGCAGAACACCAGCCAUGAUGAGAAGCGCUCAGUCUCAGCUGCUGCAGCCUCAGAGCAGCAGCAGGAACUCUGAGAAGCAGAGCGCACCAUCCUCCACUAACAGUGCUGAUAAAACAAGUGUGUCUGGUAUCAGCUCAACCUGCAGGACCAUGAGCUCCACCCUGGCUCCGCAGCCAGCUUUACCUGCCAGGGGCUCCACAGCAGUGUUGGCCAGCGUUCAGGCCGCCAUCGCUGCCCAGCAUCGAGCCAGCCUUUCGUCUCACCUCAACAAAAGUCAGGCUGCCAUCUCUGCGCCCGGCGAUCGGCGCAGGAAAAGCUACGUGUGCCGAGCCUGCGGCAAGGCCUUCUCCGGUCUGUCCAAUCUGGAGGCCCACGAGCGAGUCCACACAGGGGAGAAACCUUUCCGCUGCGACACCUGCGGGAAACACUUCUCCGAGGCUGGGAACCUGAAGAAGCAUCAGAGAGUUCACACCGGAGAGAAACCCUUCAGCUGUGAGCCAGUGUGGGAAGAGGUUCGCCUGGAUCUGUAACCUGAGGACACACCAGCAGUCCGCCACAGGCUGCGGACAACAGGCCAGAGGGGGGUUAGGACUGGGAUGAUCUUGCACAGCCAACAGGACUGUUAAUGUCAGUAGUAUUUCAUCCACACACACAGACAAACACCUGGCCUUUCCUUCAGUUUUUAACAGUGAUACAGCAGCAAUAUAUUCCCUCUGUCCUGAUGUUAAGUGUCUCUGAAACUCUGUAUCCCUGUUAGCUUUCAGUUUAAGGACCAAACCAGUGCUUUUCACUAAACAUUACCACUGCCCAUUUACCAAAGCAGGACAUGUUGUUUUGGAGCUUUGAAUGUGUUGGUUUUGGGCUAAAAGUUGACUGGUCUUCCUCUGACUAGUUCUCGGGUGUGGAUAGAAAUAUUGUGGGGAAUCAGUAACACAGUUCCCAGUUGAACUCCACAGUUAAGAGUUCAUUUUGUUGCAGUGAUGUGAGCAGUUAAGAUGAAUUAUGCCACUGUAUUUGUCCUGAGCGCUGUGUCAGCCUGUCCAAUUUGACCUGGAAAUGAAAGGGCAUCUUGUCAGACCUUUCCCUGUGCUUUCAAAACUAAUCCUAACCUAAAAUCCACAAAUAAAUACCAAAAUACUGCAGUAGACUGUAGAGUCAGUAAAUGACAGUGAUGUCUUCAAGGUGUUACUUCAGGAUGAUAUUUGUUAUCUAUAAUCUGUGUAUGUCCACCACACCGUGAACCUUUCAGCGCCCAGGUUUGAGGAACCACUGGUUGAAACGACUUUGUGUUGUGAACGCCUCAACUCACUCCUUAUGUUUCGUUAAUAUGUAAAAUAAACAUUUAAUUACACAAUCA